CGCGGGCCGCAGCCUCCUGCACGCUGUUCGCCGGCUGCCCCUGCGGCAGCUCCGCUCGCCUUCCUCGCGGCGUCCGCGCACAGCUGGGAGAAGAGAUGUUCACGGUGCUGACACGCCAACCUUGUGAGCAAUCAGGCCUCAAGGCUUUCUCCCGAACUCCGGUCAUCAUCGCCUUGGUGGCCUUGCUUUUGAGCGUCAUGGUCAUUGUGACGGUCACAGUCAUCCAGACUCACCAGAAAGAGGUCCACCUCCCAGGACUGAAGUAUGGAAUUGUGCUCGAUGCCGGGUCUUCCAGAACCACCGUCUACGUGUAUCAGUGGCCAGCGGAGAAGGAGAAUGAUACCGGAGUGGUCAGCCAAACCUACAAAUGCAAUGUGAAAGGCCCUGGGAUCUCCAGCUAUGGGAAUACCCCCCAAGACGCCCCCAAAGCCUUCGAGGACUGCAUGCAAAAAGUCCAGGAGCAGAUUCCAGCGCACCUCCACAAAUCCACGAGCGUCUACCUCGGGGCCACGGCUGGGAUGCGCUUGCUGAGGUUGCAAAACGAAGCAGCAGCUAAUGAAGUCCUUGCAAGCAUCCGCAACUUCUUCCAGUCCCAGCCCUUUGAUUUUAGGGGUGCGCAGAUCAUUUCUGGGCAAGAGGAAGGGAUAUAUGGAUGGAUUACAGCCAACUAUUUAAUGGGAAAUUUCCUGGAGAAGGACCUAUGGCAUAUGUGGGUGCAUCCAAACGGAGCGGAGACCACAGGCGCCCUGGAUUUAGGUGGUGCCUCCACCCAGAUAUCUUUUGCGGUGGGAAAGACAGUGGAGCUGAACACCAGUGACAUUGUGCAGGUGACCCUGUAUGGCUACAUGUACGCACUCUACACACGCAGCUUCCAGUGCUAUGGCCGCAACGAGGCUGAGAAGAGAUUUCUGGCGAUACUCCUUCAGAAUUCUACCACCAAAACUGAUGUCAUCAACCCCUGUUACCCUCGGGAUUAUACCACCUCUUUCACUGAGGGCCACAUAUUUGACAGCCCAUGCACGAAGGAUCUGAAUCCUGGAAGUUAUGACCCCAAUGGCAACAUCACUUUCAAAGGAACUGGGGACCCGUUGCUGUGUAGGAUGAAGGUAGCUUCCCUGGUAGCGUUCAAGGCUUGCCAUGAGCAGGAAGUCAGCUGCUUUGAUGGGAUUUACCAGCCAGAAGUUAAAGGAUCUUUUGUGGCCUUUGCAGGGUUCUUCUACACGGCCAGCGCUUUAAAUCUUUCCGGCAGCUUUUCCCUGAACACCUUCAACUCCAGCACCUGGAAUUUCUGCUCUCAGGAUUGGAGUCAGCUCCCGCAGCUGCUCCCCCGGUUCGAUGAAGUCUACGCCCGCUCCUACUGCUUCUCAGCCCACUAUGUCUACCACUUGCUCGUGAGUGGGUACAAAUUCACCCAGGACACCUGGCCCCAGAUACAUUUUAAAAAAGAAGUGGGAAACAGCAGCAUAGCCUGGUCUCUCGGCUACAUGCUCAACCUGACCAACCAGAUCCCAGCUGAAAUGCCCCUGAUCCACCUGCCCAUGCAGCCAUCUGCCUUCCUAGGCAUCCUGGCCUUCUCCACAGGAGUGGCCUUGCUGAGCCUGGUCUCCCUCGUGUGCCUGUAUGUGUCGUCCGGGGACCGCCAGCACUCCCAGCAUGUGUUGGACCACACAGUGGAUUCUGAGUGAGCCUCGGGAAGCGGCCCCUGGAACCCGAGGGCCGCCCGGACCCAGCCUGGGCGGCACCAGAUACUGCAAGUGAAAUGCCCGUCUGUUGGAAACACAACCAAAGUCAAGUACUUAGGUCGUGUGCCUCUCAGAUACUGAUUUAUGCCAAAGCACCUCUUGGGGAGUCCCUCGACUGUUCUGUGCACGAUGCUCCUGCAGAGAUGCCACCACCCGCUUGCUGACCUCCUGGCGAACAGAGGAGAUGGCCAUCAAGGCCAGGCCCUUUAUUCCAGUGCCCAAGAGGAAGAGUAAGCUAAGCCUGUGAGAGUUUGAAGUUGAAGAAUUGACCUCAGGGCCCAUUCAGCACUCUCUCCUCCCUCAGAAAGGCCAUAUUCCUCCUGGCACAUUUGGAAGCUGCCAGACACCCACUAAGCAUUUGACACAAUCAGAUGUCUCAUGUAAUGGCUUCCUCUUCUCGGUCCUUAACUGAGACUUUCCUCUAGCAACCCCAUAAACAUCGAGCUCCCUCAGGUUGGUAGAAUACAGUGUGUGAGAGAGAAAACUUUACGCCCAAGGACAGUGGCCUCAGCCAGCUUCCGUCAUGCAGGCAGAAUCUGAAGGAGAGAGAUGUACAGCAAGUCUCCCAGAAAACUCCUGGCUGUUCCCAAAGUGGGAUUCCCACUCGGGCCUCUGGUCCUUAAACUGCAGCCGGGGUGUGUGUGUCAUGAUCCCCACCUCCCCUUCACAUUGCUCUUGUCGCCCUGGGAAACGUUUUGGGUAUUGCAUCCCAGGUCUUUUUACCUUUGCUAGGCUUUGUUUCUGCUGUCUUUCCAUUGUUAGCAUAUUGUGUACAUUCUGUCUCCCAUUUCUACAGGUAUACUUGAUGCUGUCACAAGACAUCUUAUUUAUGGUUUGCUUACCAAUUACUUACCUAGAUGGUAGACCUCGCUGCAUAGUAGCCAUAGUUCUUGACUUUGGGGAAAGGAAAGGAAGCUGAAGAGACAUUUAAAUCCGAAGUUGGAUGAGAAAGAACUCCAGCAUGUCCAAUGGCUACCAAGUAAAA